UCACAGAUAACGUGAGAGGGAACAGGUUGCACUUUUCCCAGUUCAAUGGCUGCCGAGUCGGAGAAGCAACUCUUGCUGGAGUCUCUUUCCUGUUCAGAGUCUGACGGCGGGGAAGACGUGGACUGGUACUGCGGUGAUGGCGGCGAGCUGGUGGACGCGAGGGAGAGCGGCGAGAGGCGUCUGGCCAGGAAAAGACUCCUGGUCGCCUUGGUCAUCAGCUUCGUCUUCAUGGUGGCGGAGGUAGUCGGGGGCUACGCCGCGCACAGUCUGGCUAUCAUGACGGACGCGGCACAUCUGCUGAGCGACGUGGGCAGCAUCUCGCUGAGCGUCUUCUCUCUUUGGAUCUCAGGACGCACGCCCACUCUCACCCUGACCUUUGGAUGGCAUCGAGCAGAGAUUCUGGGCACGCUUCUGUCUCUGUCGUCCAUCUGGGCGGUGACGGCCGUGUUGGUGUGGUCGGCCGCUCUGAGGAUCGCCGCCGGCGACUACGACGUCGACGCCGACGUCAUGCUGCUGACUUCGGUCUGCGGCGUGGCCGUCAACAUCCUGAUCCUGCUCAUCCUCCAUCAGUCCGGCGUCUCUCACACCCACAACCACGCCCUUCCCUCCAACCGGCCGCAGAAGCCAGAGGAGCGGCGGGGGCCCGGCCAUCGCCACGGUAACGCCAGCGUGAAGGCCGCUUGCAUCCACGCGGUGGGAGACCUGAUCCAGAGCGUGGGCGUACUGCUGGCGGCCGCCAUCAUCCACUUCUGGCCUGAGUGUAAGGCGGCCGACCCGAUCUGCACGCUGCUCUUCUCUCUCGUAGUCAUGUGGACCACCUUUCCCACCGCCAGGGACGUCAUCAGAGUUCUGAUGGACGGCGCGCCUCCUGGCAUCAGCGUCGCCUCCGUGCGGGACGCCCUGCUGUCCGUGCGAGGUGCGUCGUCGCUCCACCGCCUUCACGUGUGGAGCCUGGACAUGACACACUCGCUGCUUUGUGUGCACAUCACUGCAGAAGACGGUGCGGAUCCACACGUCAUCCUCAAGAGGGCCACAAAGCUCCUGCGCUCCCAUUUUGGCUUCACUGCUGUCACGAUCCAAGUGGAACCUUCCGGAACCUCGCGAGACAACGCAUGAUGAACAGGAGUGCAGGUGGACAGUUUUUUUUUUUUUUUUUUUUUUUUUGGUCAACGUCUUCUGCCCGUUAGGAGAAAUGUGUGGGAAAUUGACACUGGACACUCAAAUGCUAAUUGUAGCACAAUAGGGCAGCCAAAGACUGGAAAGCACAGACACCGUCGUGAAAACAAGCGGCUACGUAGCAGUAAUAGUUCUCAUCAUAGGCAAUGCAUGGACUUUAGGGAAAAGUCACAACUUUGCUCAUUUCAUAACUGAUUUUCAUGAAGUUCAGUUUCAGAUAAAGACAAGUCUUUGAGUAGUAUUUUAUUUUUAAAUCAAUGUAUCUGAAAAAAAUACUUGCUUUGGGUUUGAUUUUUGUUCUUUUUUUUCUGAUGCAAAAGAAUAAAUAAAAUAAAAAUAGGAAAACGUU